UUACCUAAUUGCCCUAUAAACACUUCCAUAACUUUCAUUAGGAUCCCAAACCUAAUCCUUCUGAUCCUGGUUGUGUAGAAUGGCUUUGAAGGGCACUAUUGCAUCCAAUGUUGUUGCUCUGCUCCUUUGUUUCAACAUGCUUUCCUAUAACAUAGUGAGUUCCACCUACAUUCCUGUAAUCCCAGAUCCAUCAGUGCCCUAUAAAAAGGGUACGUGUCCUGUGGACACAGUUAAGUUGGGUGUGUGUGCCAAAGUGUUGAACUUUGCCGACGUUAAACUGGGGUCACCACCAACCCUACCAUGCUGCAGCCUAAUCAAGGAUCUGGCUGAUAUUGAAGUUGCUGCUUGCCUUUACACUGCCAUCAAAGCUAACGUCCUUCGCGUCAACCUUAGCCUCCCAAUUUCCUUAAACGUACUGCUCAACAACUGUGGGAGGAAAAGCUCAAACGCUGAUUUCCAGUUCCCUUAAAUUCAUUGUUUCAUCAACAUAUAUAUUCCACAUGUGAUCUUUACCAUAUUUCACACAUCUUCACUGUUAUUUUCUCUUUUCAAUCCAUGUUGUGCUCCAUUUAUUAUUCAUCCUUCUUCUUGUCGGAAUCUUUGAUUGUUGUUUGCAAGCACAAUUGCAAUCUUAACGAUUGAAUGAUCAAGUGAGA